AUGACAACACCACUACCAACCGAAUCAAAUGCUGGGACCGGUACCGAAUUGACUAAACUUGAAGUGUUCUUUUCUUUGGCACCAGAGAAUGGAAUUCUUCCUAAGACUUCCGACGGAAUGGUAGAGUUUAUUUGCGACUACGCGAAUCCCGUCUGUACCAUCUCUCCAGAAGCCAAGACUAUUGAUUACCUCUGUAGCAGUGAGGAUGACGGCUUAAUACGCGGCGGAGGUGCUCAGUGUGUCGAAACCAUCAUUAGUCUUCUUGCAGCAUAUCUUGGGAAUCAAGCACCGCUGGCUCAAAGAUUUAAUCCAUGCGAUUGGAAACUGCGCACUGGGCGAAGCGACGUGCAAGAAGAAGGCAGUGCAGACUGUGGCAUGUAUAUGAUAUCCAGUGUCAUGUGUCUUGCCUUUGGAUGGGAUUUAUUAUACGACCGAAGACGCGGCCACGAAAUGGCGAACCGGCGAAUUCGUCUCGCCGCUGAUCUCUUUUAUGGCGGUUUUGAAGGUUACGAUGAUGCUGAAAAUGCACAUAACGCAUUUUACUACCCUUUAAAUGGCAUCAAGCCCUAUAACGCCGUAACUGAAAACUUCCUUCCGAUCCUCCAGUACCCCGGGCUCCUGAUUCGUAUAAUUCUCACAUCAGGUGUCCGCAAUCGCUCACCAGUGUAUUAUGGCUGUCCUGGCAAAAAGACAUUGUAUGAGCACUGUGCUCGAAACGCGCGAUUCUACCCUAAAUUUGACAGACAAGAAGUCAGUGGAUCGGAAAUCUCGUUUGCCAAGUUUUUAUCCUGGGUGGAGCGCUAUGAUGUGAAGAGGGAAAAGGAAGUGCCGCCGUUUGCAAAACCACUUUCGGAGGAUGGUUCUGAUAACGGUAGUUGGAUUCUACCAAAUGUGACUGACGCACACAAGCAACUUUGGUGA